AUGACUACGAGGAGUAAUACCGACCCCGACAAUCUGCUCCCGUUAACGGACCCUGAGGCUAUCAUCCAAUCUGGUAACGCCAAAGAACGCCGACUCAAACACCUUAAUUCCAACCCAACUGCCCCGCUCCCACCUCCUUCCGAAACUACACCUUCCACCGUGAUGUCCGAUGAAACGUCUGGAUCUACUCGCACGGCAGACGCAUCAGACAUGCAGACAGCCAAAGACUGGUUCAAGUCCGUCUUCAAGAUCCAACACGCAUUCAUUGUUGAGGCACAGGCCGACCGUCAACAAGCUGCAGAAGAUCGCCGACAGGCUCUAGAGGAUCGCCGCGCGGACCAACAGAUCCUUAUCUCUGCUCACCAAGCCAGUGCUGCCCACAUCAGCCGUUUAGAAGAAUUACUCCUGGCAAUGAGCAUCAAGAACAAAGUCAAAGCCCAACCGGUACAAUCAACGCCGGGCAAGAUUGACCUCCAGAAGUUCCGCACUUCGGAUGGACCAAUGUAUUGCGGGCCAUUUCAGGAGACCGAGUCCUUUUUACGCUGGAUUCAUGGAGUCCAAAUUUUUUUCGAUACCAAGGACAUUACCAAUGCAGCGGACAAGAUCAAGAUCCUUGGUAAUCUCAUUGCCGAAACAAACCUACAGUCCUUCUAUGCCAACGAGGCGGCCAACUUCCUCACCAAGUCUUGGGAGGAAUUUAAAACACGGUUGUUCGACUUUGCGCUCCCUACUAAUUGGCGGUCCGGGCUACAACGUCAGAUUCACCAACUCGAUAUGUCACCGGCGGAAACGUUUCUUGAGUAUAGCACGCGAGCCCGUACGUUGCAGAGCCUGUUUAAUUUCGAUGCCAGCAAAUCCUCAAAACUUGGGGACCUCCAACUCGCCCAAUUUGUGGUCUAUGGGUUGCCGGAUUCCCUCCAGGAUCAGAUUAACAAGCACCAACUCCUUGAAGUGGCCCCGUUCACUUACGGCCCGUUUGAGAAACAAGCCAACACUUCCUUCAUGGCGUUACAACAACCGACCAACCCACCUAUUGUGUCUAGAUCAACACCGAGCGCACCGCCAAGCCUUGCUGUAAAGCUCAAAAGUGUUUGUGAAAACCUUUUGCUGAGUGUGGAAAGGGAUGAAUGA